CUCCCUCUUUCCCUUCCCCUCCUGUCCCAUGACCUCUUCUCCUCCUUUCCUCCUUGAACUUUCAGCCCCUGCCACCUCACCCCUAGCAAAAGCUCAUAACAACUACCCCUUCCCUCCUGGGUCCCCGUUGCCCUGCAGUAAAGGAUUCAGCCCUGUCCUCUCUCUUGAGGUGCCUUUGCCGUCCAGGAAAGAGUUCAGCGACCACCUUCCCUGUACUACUGGCCUUUCUCCAAAUGCAGGCAAAAGGUUCACCAUUACAUCUCCUUGCUUAUCCCAACGGGUGCCCUCCCCAGCCCCUCAAGCCUCUGUAUCCUCUUCCCCACCCCCACAGAGAUGUUCUUUUGAACCCUUUUCCCCACUCCUAGGAAGGCUGUACAGCCAAGAGUUGCCCCAUUCAGCCCCUCCGAGCCCUUGUUUUGACCGAUUCAGCCUUCAGGGGUCACCCUCUCCUGGUCAGCGGAACUUUUAUUGCAACUGCAUCGGUUCCUCAAGAUCUCAGCGUCCAAUCCCUCCGAGCCCAGGUCCUCCAAGCCCGUGCUUUUGUUAUUGUAGUCCGGUGACUUCCCCACCUCUCAUUCAUCAGCCCCUCAGAACCAGCCCAGUAACUUCCCCUCAACUCACUCAUAUAUCCUUUGAAACUGGCCCCGUGAUUUCGACUCCCCGUGUGCCCGGGUCCCAGGGAAAUUACAUAAUUUCACCCCUUCUUACCCAUAGGCCCCUGAGACCUGGCCUUAUAAUUUCCCCUCCCCUUGCUCAUCGUACUGUGGAAAGUAGACCUCUGGCAUCCCCAUCCAUUUCUAACAGAGUGUUGGAAACUGGACCCAUGAUCUCCCCCUGGUCCUCGGGGAGAAGUUACAAUGACCUUCCUCUUUCCUCAGCAUCUAUCCCACCCACUGGCAAUCUUUACCAUGACCACCCUAAGCCUCCAGACUCUUAUGAACCUAAACCACAGCUUGAUGGAUCUCUUGGGAAAAAUGGUGGUGGCCCUCCACUUUCUUCUCAGGCAGGCGUGUCUUGCUCUCCCAUCUUAACCCAACAGGGCACUUUUCAUUAUUCCCAUCUUUGCUCAGAAUCCCAGAUCCCUCCCCCUAGGAGUCCUUACUCUGUCAACCUACCAUCCGAGAGUGCUGGUUCUCCUAGCUCCUCCCAGCCUCAACCUUGCUUAGAGUCCUUUCUGUCUUGGGAGACAGAGGGGAACUCUUACCUCUUGCUAACUCCCUGCCCCACGGAAGCGCCUCUUCCUCAGUAUGCUUGUCCUACCCUGUAUUUCCCAUCUCCCCUGGGCAACCAGUUUUUAGCUCCACCUCAGUCACCCAGAAGUUACAAUGAACCCCCUCUCCCUACCCCAGUUCCCCAUCAAGGGAAGUCCCCCAGAUCCUCAGAUUCACGGCGCACUCCCUACAGGUGUCGCUCUCUGGUCAACACGCCCCACCACACCCCUCUUAAUCAUCCUAAGUCCCAUAAGACCAACACCUCCCCUCAGCCGUUCUCCCAGUCUUUUGGCCACUCUUAUCCUCUUAUGGAGCCAUCCAUCACAACUACUUCAAAUCCCUUACCGAAAGAACAUCCCCCAGAGACUGCUGUGGAUCCAGCAACCCUUAAAACUGUUGCCCCUACUUCCUGUCCCCAGUGCCUGCCUUGUAGUCCUCUCUUGCCCAGUAGAUAUCCCAAGAGCAGUCCCCAUGGACCACCUCCCGUAUCCCCCGGCAAUACCCAUAUGUAUUCUGGGGUUCCUACCACUUCCUAUCCAUCCCCGCUCUCUAGCCCCCUGGACCACUCUACACGUCUCCUCCCUCAGGGUCAUAACCAGCCUGUGGUUCCCUCUGGCACAUAUGCUGCCCCCAGGGGCCCACCACCACCCAAUAGCAAGCCUGUGGUGCCUCCUUGUUCUACCCACAUCUAUUCUUUUAUCCCUCUGAGGACACCCUUUGACCCGCGAUGUUUACCUGUUGUCCCUCGAGUUCGGCUUUGCCCCAAUACUAUUCCCUGUGGCCUUCAUACCUAUGCUGUGUCCCCUCCAGGCCCACCCAAAGAUCCCCCCCAGAUUCCCUACAGCAGUUCUUUGCCUUCACCCAAGAGCUCCACCUGUAGCACUAUUGCCAGUUGUAGCUCAACCUUUAUUAUUAAUGCAUGUCAGAGUAGUGAGAGCCAGAGUAGCCAAAACAGAAGCCAGAGCCAGAGCCAGAGCCAGAGCCAGAACCAGAACAAGAAUUCCAUUAGUAAUCAAAGCAAGAGUCCCCAAGGCAGGGGUUCCCGUCGGAGCCGAAGUCGGAGCCAAAGUCGGAGCCGGAGCAGUAGUCCUUCCCAAAGCCAGACUCAGGACCUUGGCGAGAGUACCCACUUGAGCUUCAGUGAGGGCCACGUGGGAAAACUGCACCUUAGCAGAAGUCGGAAGGGUAGCAAGAGUCCUCAAGGUGGUAAAAAUAAGAGCCAGAGCAAGAGUCCUCACCAUAGGAAAAGUCAUGGUCGGAGCACGAGUCCCCACAAUAAGAAGAAAUGAUGGCCAGAACACAAAUUCUGACCAGAACGAAAACCCAGGGUAGAGCAGAAGUUGCUGUAACAAGACUGUCAGUAACAGCAUCCCAGUUGUUGCAACCCCGGACCAACGUGUGGGCGCCUCAUCUGAAGACUUCAGUUCUUUUUGAAUCUGAUUCAUGUUCUUCACUGCUAGCCCCAUAACAGUCACCCUAGAAGUUUCUGCUUUAGUUCAUACCUUAGGAUUUUGUGAAUGGUCUUUCUUCUGCCUUCCUGGGGUCUGGGAAAUCUUCCAAAACACCUCGGCUCUAUGAUUCUGUGCAUCAUGUUGCCCAUUCACUGCACGGGCUUUGGCUACCACAGAACCAGAAUUCCCUGCCAGUCGACUUGCUCUGCAAAAUUUUGACAUGACCUACAGUGUACAAUUUGGAGAUCUGUGGCCAUCAAUUCGUGUUAGCCUUCUCUCAGAGCAGAAGUAUGGUGCGUUAGUCAAUAAUUUUGCUGCUUGGGAUAAUGUGAGUGCUCAGCUAGAGCAGCUGAGUGCCAAGGACUUUGUGAAUGAAGCCAUCUCUUGCCAGGAACUGGAGCCUGAGAGUGGCCUCUCUCCAACUCCAUCCCCGGACUGCAGUCCAAACCUUCGAUGCUUCACUUUUUCCAGAGGGGAUGUUAGCCGCUUCCCCCCUGCCAGACUUGGCAGCCUGGGUCUCAUGGAUUACUACCUGAUGGAUGCUGCCUCCUUGCUACCUGUCCUGGCUCUUGGUCUGCAGCCUGGAGACACCGUGCUUGACCUGUGUGCAGCUCCUGGGGGAAAAACACUGGCAUUACUUCAGACAGGCUGUUGCCGCAAUCUAGCGGCCAAUGAUCUCUCCACUUCCCGAAUAGGCAGGCUGCAGAAGGUCCUUCACAGUUAUGUGCCUCAAGAGAUCAGGGAAGGGAAUCAAGUUCGAGUCACCUCGUGGGAUGGCAGGAAGUGGGGAGAACUGGAGGGGGACACCUAUGACCGGGUGUUGGUAGAUGUGCCGUGUACCACAGACCGCCACUCCCUUCACGAGGAAGAGAACAACAUCUUCCGGCGCUCAAGGAAGAAGGAGAGACAGAUGUUGCCUAUGCUGCAGGCGCAGCUUCUGGCGGCUGGACUCCUUGCCACCAAACCAGGAGGUCAUGUCGUCUACUCCACUUGCUCACUGUCACACUUACAGAAUGAGUAUGUGGUGCAAGGUGCCAUUGAGCUCCUGGCCAAUCAAUACAACAUCAAGGUUCAAGUGGAAGACCUGUCUUACUUCCGAAAGCUUUUCGUGGACACAUUCUGUUUCUUCCCUUCCUGCCAGGUUGGGGAGCUGGUAAUACCAAACCUCAUGGCCAAUUUUGGGCCUAUGUACUUCUGCAAAAUGCAGAGGCUGUCCUAAUGUCACUCGUCCCUGAAGUAGGAAGACAAUAGCUUUGUCAGAGGCAUUGAAACAGACCCGUGGCAGAGAUGCACUCCAAGGCCCGUCUCCAUCCUGUGUGUUUUCUAAAGAUAGUUGUAAACAGUAAGCAGUAGGACUGAUGCCCAGUUGUGGAUUAUCAGCAGGUUUCUAACUCAGACCUUACUUCUGCCCUUUAGCCUAUACUAAGGCCCCUGCUCCACUAGGGAUUUAGACAGAAUCAGUGAAUAAGCCCAUAGUUUAAGCUGUAAACUUGGGAAGAAACAUUCAGCCAAUAAAGUUAUUGAAGUGCUAUAGA